ACGGUCAGCACCGCUAGAUGGCAAUUGCGGCGUGUGCUCGGAGGGACGGGGCAGCCGCGGGACCCGGGGCUGGAUCCGUGAGGGGCUGCCCCGCUGUCCUCCCACCUCCGGCCCCUCCUGCCGCCCGCUGCUCCAGGUGCUCUGCGAGAGCUGCGAGAAGCCGCUGGAGGGGCGGCAGGGUGGGCAUCGCCGCUGGGAUCCCGCUGGCCGCCGGCGUUGGAGGUGGCGUCUCGGCGCUGGACCAUGGUGCUGUGAGGGCGAGCAGACCCUGCCCCUGCCCUGUGCCAGCAUGUGGGCUCCCCCUGGCCACUGGCUGCCCCUGGCCACCCUCCUGCUCUGCCUGCUCCUGCAGCAGCUGGGCAGCAGCAGGGCAUGGAAGCAGCACGCCCCACGCCUUCGCCUCACCUACAAAGACCUGCUGAAAUCCAACAGCUCUCGGCUGCUGCUGGCCUCAGGGGAUGAGAUGGAUUUCCAAACCCUCUUGGUGGAUGAAGACAGAGCCUGGCUGAUGGUGGGAGCAAAAAACCAUAUCUUCCUUCUCCACCUGGACCAUCCCAGCAGAGAGCCUGAGAAGAUUUUCUGGCCAGCCCCCAGGGAGCAGGUCAAGCACUGCCAGCUGGCAGGGAAGAACGUGGAGACGGAGUGUGCCAACUUCAUCCGCCUCCUGCAGCCCUUCAACCAGAGCCACGUGUUCGCCUGUGGCACCGGCUCCUACCAGCCUGUCUGUGCCUUCAUCCAGCUGGGAGCCCGGGGGAAGGGUGCCAGGGCUCCCCGUAUGCAGUUGGUGACCCACUCCUUGGAAUCGGGGCGAGGACGAUGCCCCUACAGCCCCCACGAACCCUUCACGGGACUCCUCAUCGGUGGGGAGCUGUACUCGGGCACCUCCAGUGACUUCAUGGGCAGCAGCGCUGCCUUCUUCCGGACCUGGGUGCACGGGGCCGAGCAGAGCUACAUCCGCACGGAGCAGAACCAGGACCACUGGCUGCACGAGCCCACGUUUGUUGGUGCCUAUGCCAUCCCUGAUACCUACAACCCCCACGAUGAUAAAGUCUACAUCUUCUUCCGUGAGACGGCCAUGGACGCUGGGCAGUGGGAGCAGCGGCACAUCCAUGCCAGGGUGGCCAGGGUCUGCAAGAACGAUGUUGGAGGGAAGCGCAGCCUCAUCAACCGCUGGAGCACGUUCCUGAAGGCCCGCCUGGUGUGCUCCAUCCCCGGGCCCCAGGGCACUGAGACCCACUUCGACCAGUUGGAAGAUGUUUUCCUCCUGCGCACCCGGGACCCCCAGAACCCCCUUAUCUUUGGGCUCUUCACAGUCUCCAGCGGUGUCUUCAGUGGCUCCGCCGUCUGCAUCUACUCCAUGGCCGCCGUGAGAGCCGCCUUCAGCGGCCCCUUCGCGCACAAGGAGGGAUUCGACUACCGCUGGGUGGAAUACAAGGGCCGUGUCCCCUACCCCCGCCCCGGCACGUGUCCCAGCGAGACGUACGACCCGCUCCUGCAGUCCACCAAGGACUUCCCCGACGAGCUGAUCAGCUUCGUGCGCAGCCACCAGCUGAUGUGGGAGCCCGUGUACCCGCAGGGCCGGCAGCCCGUGCUGCUCCGGGUCAAUGUGCCCUACCGGCUGCGGCGGCUGCUGGUGCACCGGCUGGACGCGGAGAGCCGGGAGUACGACGUGCUCUUCCUCGGCACAGAUGACGGCAAAGUCCUGAAGGUGGCCCUGGCCGGCGGGGUGAGCCGCGGCCCCGAGGUGAUCAGCCUGGAGGAGAUCACCGUCACUAAGGUACCUUCUCCCAUCCUGGACAUGAAGUUAUCACCAAAGCGGCAGGAGCUGUUUGUGAGCAGCACCCACGGGCUGCUCCAGCUCUCCCUGUACCGCUGCGAGCUCUACGGCAAAACCUGCACCGACUGCUGCCUGGCCAGGGAUCCCUACUGCACCUGGGACGGCAAGACCUGCGCCCCACACCUGCUCACCGAGAAGAGGCGUGCCCGCUGCCAGGACGUGCUGAAAGCUGACCCGCUCAGCCAGUGCCAGGACACGGCAGAGGGGACAGCCGCGGUGGAGAAGGUGGUUUUUGGGGUGGAGAAGAACUCGACCUUCCUCGAGUGCCUGGCGCGCUCCCCGCAGGUCACGAUCCGCUGGCUGGCGCGGCGCGGCGCGGAGACAGCCCCGAGCGAGGUCAGGAACAACGGGCAUUUCUUGGUGCUGGAGCAAGGGCUGCUGAUCCGCCAGCUGUCGAGGGAGGACGUGGGCACCUACGAGUGCCAGGCGGUGGAACGCUCCUUCUCCCGGCUCCUCACCCGGUACGGCCUCCGCGUCAUCAGAUAUGAGGCCACGGAGCUGCCGCCGUACAAACGGAGCAGGGGGGUUGAGCCGGGCGGGACCCACCAGAGCCCCGGGCCCCGGAUUGACCUGCACCCGGGCUCCAAGGGCUUCCCGCGGGCCCUGGGGGCACCGGGCACCAGCCUGGACGCCUACUGCAAUGCCCUGCGGCUGCAGGAGCGGCAGCGGCAGCGAGCCUGGCACAGGUGGCAGCACCCGUCCCCCGACAGCAAGAACGGCCGGGUGCGGAGGCACCCGCAGCGCCUGUGAGGGGCAGAGGCAGCCAGGGCUGCCCACAGCUCCCCCCGGCCUCUCCAGGGCCCUCUCCUCGGCUCCAGCUCCGGGACACCUCUCUCCUGCCCGUGCAGAACCGCCUCGCUGUUACUACCUCAAGCCCCGCCAGCCCCGCGGCCUCUCCGCGCCCCACGGGGCACCGGGGCCAGGGCACGCAGCCCCUGCCGCCUCUCCGAGACUCAGAGCUAUUUACCUGCAGAAUAUUUAUUUUCCUUGCUUUCCCCUGGCCUUGACUGAUGAUCAGCAGCAGCAAUAAGCGCAGGGGACAGGGAAGGGCAAGGGCCAGCUGUCCCAAUGGUUCCGUGACUCCCGCAGCACCCAGCCCAAGCAGGGCCGGCCGUGUGAUGCCUCCCUCUGCUCUGGAGGUGGCAGAAUGUUCACCUGGGUGGCUGCCGAGGUGUGGAUGGAGCCCAGGUGCUGCUGGAAGCAGCAGGACACGGUUGCUGGCUGAGGCCAGGCUCCAGGUGUGCAGAGAUGCUCAUGCCCAGCCCAGCUCCAACCCACUUCAAAUGACACCACUUUCCUUUUUUUCAUGUUGACGUUUAUUUUACUGGGAAAAAAGAAAAAAAAAAAAAGAAAAAAAAAAGAGAAGCAACAGGCAGUUAUACCAACUUACAAUUUAUUAUUUUUUUAAAAAAUGACAUGAAACACAAGUAAAAAUAAAUACAUCAUAUAAACAACAAAUUGUUCAAAGUCUCUGUUCUGGGAGAUCAGGCGAGCACAUCCCGUUCGACAGAGAGAAGAGGGAAGCACAUGAUCAUGCGUGGGGCCAACCGACUGACCCACCUGGCUAGCAAUACUCUUUCCAACCACAACAAGACAGGCCACAAACUAAGGCGGUAGUAAAAAAAAGAAAAUAAAAGGAAAAAAAAAAAAAAA